AAAUAAAGACGGACUGCUGUCAAGGGCCUCCAUAAGGGCAGGGUUUGAGGAAAAAGCUUGACUUUAUUUUCAAGAUAAAUGUGAUUGUUGUGAAAAGGGUGCGCUCUGGCUUGGAGCUGCGCGCUCAAAGUGUGAGAGAGCGUGUUUUUCUUAUUGGAGGAUUAUCACUCCGACAGACCAAUCAGCGAUCAGCAGGGUCUUUAUAAAUCCAGCCGCAACGCUGUACCGGCACAGUUGAUUCUUCUCAGACUCAAUACGCAGUAAACAUGUCUGGACGUGGAAAAGGCGCAGGCAAAGCCAGGGCUAAGGCCAAGAGUCGCUCCUCCAGGGCCGGCCUCCAGUUUCCCGUGGGCCGUGUGCACAGGCUGCUCAGGAAGGGCAACUACGCCGAGCGCGUUGGAGCCGGAGCCCCCGUGUACCUGGCCGCAGUGCUCGAGUACCUGACCGCUGAGAUCCUGGAGUUGGCCGGCAAUGCCGCCAGGGACAACAAGAAGACCCGUAUCAUCCCCCGUCACCUGCAGCUCGCCGUACGUAACGACGAGGAGCUGAACAAGUUGCUCGGAGGCGUCACUAUCGCCCAGGGUGGUGUGCUGCCCAACAUCCAGGCCGUGCUCCUGCCCAAGAAGACCGAGAAGGCCAAGUAAAGAAACCGCCCGACCCCAUCACACAACGGCUCUUUUAAGAGCCACCCACUCUCCACAAAGGGCACUAUAUCCUGUUUUCACUGCAGAAUAAUACACACUUAACGCCUUAUCAGUCUACUCUGUAGUUUCUGACUAAGAAGUAAAGUUGCUAAUUAAUUUGGUCGUUUGCAGCUCACGGAUAAAGACUUUUAAUGAGCUACUGCGUCAAAGUGUUAUUGUCGACCAAUAAAGUUUAAGUACUGUUUGUAUAUUACUCAAGCAUUUAAAGCGCGAAAAGAUGACUUAAAAUGCCAAUACCCCGUGUGUACCAACAGCAACACGUCACUCGUUCUUUAAAGUAACUCCUUAGAUCUCGCUUUAUUAAAGGCUUCUACAGUGGAAAAAACGCAUAGCACGCU